CUGCACAAAUACAAAAAAAAACACUUCCGUGUUGAACUCCACAAACAUGGUGGAGGUUAUGCUUCGUUUUGGCAGAAGGACUUUCAACAUUACGCCGAAAAUAUGCAACUACUCAGCACUGAAACCUAUUAGGAAGCACGAAGAAGGGAUGAAGGAUAAUAAAAGUGUCAGUCACACACAUGCUUGUGUGUGGCGGGGACACGGAAAUGCUUUGGGGAUUUUCUUCAGCACUUGUCCGGGCUCCUGUUGGAGUCAUUUAACUUUUAUCAGGACUUACGUCAAUGGCGACCGAGAGGAGCCUCUUUACCGAAGCAAAACGGGCUACUACGACAUCCUCGGCGUGUCCCCAAAGGCUACCCAAGCUCAGAUCAAAACCGCCUACUACAAGCAGUGCUUCCUCUACCACCCGGACAAGAACGCCGGCAACGACGAUGCCACCGUCCGCUUCUCGGACAUCAGCGAAGCCUACGCGGUGCUGGGCCACAAGGGCUUGCGGAGGAAGUACGACCGCGGCCUCCUGAGCCAGCUCGACCUGACCAACAGAGCUCGGGCCGGACCUUCCGCCACCAAAUCCGCCGCAGAAGGGAGCGCGGCUGCGGGAAAGAGGAGCGCGGCGGUGGACCCCCGAGGGAGCAUGUUUGACUUCGACAAGUUCCUUCGUUCGCAUUACGGCGACCAGCUCCAGAGGGACAGAGACAUCCGGCAACGCAAGGAUGAGAUGCUGAGGAAACGCCAGGAGUCUUUGGGUGAGAGGAACAAGGACAGGGCCGUAGAGGUGGGCGUCCUCAUCCUGCUCUUUACGGCUGCGGCGUUGUUGGCAACCUCGAGGGGAGCGGCGAGCUGAGGCGGCGGACUGGAACAAUUUUUACUGUACCUUGAAUAAGUUUUGCCCUGACCAACCAAUAAUAGGAUGGAAGAAGCUUGACGUAAUUGAGGAGGGCCAGCAUCCUACCUGGACAUGUUUCUAUUUCUGUGACAUGGCCAUCUGCAAAUAACUGGAUUGAUCCUUUGGGUUAGUUUUACUAUGUCAAAAUGACUGCUCGUCUGAGCAAGAAGUCCGUGGUGACUUUUUGACAGUACUGUAUUGUGAUUGGUGGUGCCUAUUCUUAUUCAUAGUUUAUCUACAUGAAAUUAAAAAUGUUUAAUUUCGAUUGUAUUUGAGGAGUAAAUAUUUAUUUAAGGGCAUACAUGAAGUGCAGUUAAAUCUUUAUCCCAUUACAGCCACCAAGGUUGUGCGUGUGCCCGUAUGUAUAGAGCCUGAUUUGGAAAAAAAUAUGUUCGAAGUUUAACGAAUUCAUGGAUCAGAAUGACAAAGACAUGUCUUGUAUUUAUUAAAACUUUGCUAUUUAUAAUACUUUAUUGAACAUUCUUGUUGGGAAGUGCAAAGUUCCGGAAUUGUGCCUUUUAUUACGGAGAAAAAAUGCCUUUGUCGUCCAUGUACUGGAGUAAUAAAUCCAUAUCUGGAUAAUGCACAGUAAA